CAUACAUAAUCGAUAAUCGAUAAGCCCCACUACCCUGUAUGUACAUGUACAUAUAAUCUAUGUGUGUUAGGAGGUGCUGUUUAAUAUGUACAUAGCCAAGUAGCCUACGCGCCGCGCAACUGACUUUCUACCAAAGUAACUGAAACAAACAGAACUCCGCUGCGUGCAGAAAGGCAAACGCCAAAUAACUGCCUAAUCUAAACAGAUCUACGCCUAUAAGCAAGUUCUAUUCCUCGAGAUGUCGUCUAAGAAGCCAGAGGAUACUAAGAAAGAGACGGGCAACAGCUCGGAUGAACUGACCACAGUCGUCGAGGACCUAUUAAACUCCCUAUCAAGCAAGUUCGACGGUGUCUCGAGUGAAAUAUUCGCUAAAAUGGACGACAUGGCGCGCCGAUUGGACCACCUCGAAGCUUCACUCCAAGCUAACGACGAGAACGGCGCAAAUUCAUCACCUAGGGCAUGAUAAGGGCAAAGGACAAUUGGAGAUUACUAGGGGCAUUGCAUGGCGUUUUGGGGGGAAGGGGGGCA